AUACAUUAAUUUAUUUAUUCAUGCUUUACGGUUCUUUAUUCUUGAUUAUUCUAGUUACUUGUUGCCACUCUGCCUGUCUACAUUCUUGUUUAUGGGGAUCUUCAACAGCUGAAGAACAAACAUACUUGCCCAGUUUUCUGUAGUGUUGUAGUUCAUGUUUGAUGAAUUAGAGGAGGGUUUAUAAGAAGUGGGAUUUGAGGGUUUUGUGUAGAAUGGGGUGUAAAGGGUGUUUGGAGUGCUUGUUGAAGCUUCUCAACUUGUUGUUGACUGUUCUUGGUUUGGCCAUGAUGGGCUAUGGGAUAUACCUGUUUGUCGAGUACAAAAAUGCGUCUUCAAGUCAUCCAGAUGGUGAUCAGAUGAUGCCAUUAGGCCGCCCAUUGCUGAUGGCGGUGUCUUUGUCAGGAAGCAUCUUUGAGGAUUUGCCUAAAGCUUGGUUCAUAUACUUGUUUGCUGGUCUUGGUUUAGCUAUCUUCCUCAUAUCAUGUUUUGGUUGCAUUGGAGCAGCAACACGUAAUGGCUGCUGUCUGUGUUGCUACUCGUUAUUGCUGUUCUUGUUGAUCUUAGUAGAACUUGGUGUUGCGGCAUUCAUAUUCUUUGACAAAAGCUGGAAAGAAGAAAUUCCAAGGGACAAAACUGGAGACUUUGACAUGAUUUAUGGAUUUCUUGAAAAGAACUGGAAAAUCGCGAAGUGGGUUGCUCUUGGGGCUGUUAUAUUUGAGACUCUAGUGUUCUUGCUUGCUCUUGCUGUAAAAGCAGCAAAUAAACCAGCAGAGUAUGAUAGUGAUGAAGAGUAUAUAGGUGGGCCCAGACAACAACUUCGUCAGCAGUUGAUCAAUAACAGACCACCAGUUCCAGUUACCGGUGUUCCUGUUGCUGCUACCCUUGACAACCGUCCUGUCAGGAGUGAUGCUUGGAGUACACGUAUGAGGGAAAAGUAUGGCCUUAAUACUUCCGAGUUUACAUACAACCCGUCAGAAUCAAACGGGAAUCAGCAAGCUGCCCCCCAACAAACAGAAGAAAAGGGUUGGUGCACAAUCAUGUAAUCAUAUUCUGGGCUUUGCAUGACUUUUAAAUUGGAAGCGGUUCUGGAGGAAGCUGAUUUUUCAUUUAUUUUGGUCCGUUGCUUUGGUGUUUUCCGGGAUUCUCUUCUGCUUAGUUUGUGCAGAUCACAAACAAGCUUCUCAUUCCCACGACCUGUCCAUCUAAAAUUUACAAUUUCUCUAGCUUUCAUUCAUGUAAUUCUAAAGGAUUGCUUUUUUAAGAUCUGUAUCGUCUGUUUAGAGAAAAAUGAUGCUGAAUCACGUUCCAUGCUC